GUCUUACUCCAUUGCUACUAGUACAUCAAAAACAAAUUGACCUCACAAAAUUGGUUUUUCUUUUACAUUUAAUAUAAAAGUACUCAAAUCCGCCAGUGACAUUAGACAAAUGCAUAACGCGGGACCUUUUUGGUUUUAAAACUUUUUUUUUUUCCCCCAAAGCUCCGAUCUCGAAUUUCAUUCAUCCACAGUUCAAAUCCAGAAAAUCGAACAAAUUAGGACUUUAGACACUAUAGUGGUUUAUUCUAUUGUACGUGAAUCUCUGACGCGGGAGAACCGCCGGCCGGCCGGACAUUUCAACAGUACUUUUGACUGUUCCUAUCAGUAGAAACUGUUGAAUCAAUUCUAUUGUAAUCAGUCUGUUUGUCUGACUCUUCAAUUUCGACGCCCGAAUGUGAAAUAGGGUGCACAUUUGUUUGCAGAUCUGCUCUUACUCGUAGCUAUUUGAAUUCAAUUGGGUUGUAACGCUUGCUUUUUGUGUGGAAAUGUUUUGUUGAGUUGAAUUCGUUUGAAAUUUUGGGAACCCUAGAAAUUGGAUAAUGCAGAGCUCAACGAGCUCGGUGGCUCAGCCGGAGGCGAUUCUUGAAUGGCUUCAGAAAGAGAUGGGUUAUCGACCUCUCGGCCCUUAUGCUUCUUCCUCCACCAAAGCUGCUGCCUUCACUCCCACCGCCGAUUCAAUUCGUACCAUAUGUCGCGGUAAUAUGAUACCCAUCUGGAACUUUCUGCUCAAGAGAGUAAAAUCCGAAAAAACCGUCGAUAACAUCCGCCGGAAUAUUCUCGUCCACGGCGGCAGCAGUGGCGGAGUAGAGAAUGCUGCUGUUGUUACCGGUGACACGGGCAGGGGUAGUACUUCUAGGGGGACAACUGCAACUACAUCUACAUCCACGACGGCUCCCAGGAGGAGGAAAGAGAAGCAGGUGAAUGUGGUAGGGAAGGAUAAUUCUGUUUCGGGGUUGGAGAGAGAGAAUAGCAGAGACAUUGCUUUGCAGGAGAGGGAUUUGGCGGAGAAAGAGGUGGAGAGACUGAGGCAGAUAGUCAGGCGGCAACGAAAGGAGUUGAAGGCCAGGAUGCUGGAAGUAUCUCGAGAGGAGGCUGAACGUAAGCGGAUGCUAGAUGAGAGGUCAAAUUACAGGCACAAACAAGUAAUGCUAGAGGCUCAUGAUCAACAAUGUGAUGAAGCAACAAAAAUCUUUGCGGAGUACCACAAACGUCUGAGGUACUAUGUAAACCAAGCAAGAGAUGUCCAGAGGUCAAGUAUUGAUCCUGUUGAAGUAGUUACCAGUAUCCAGCCCAAAAACGAAAAAGAGGCUGUUUAUUCAACUGUUAAAGGAUCCAAAUCUGUGGACAAUGUCAUUCUCAUUGAAACAAACUGGGAAAGAAACAUACGCAGGGCAUGUGAAUAUCUUGGAGCGCAAGUGGCUGAAAGGAUUUGCACCUCUUUUCCAGCUUAUGAAGGAACGGGUAUCCAUUUGAACCCUCAAACAGAUAUUGCCAAGUUAGGCAUUGACAUUGAUGGUGUUAUAGCUGAUGAGGUUAGAGCUGUAAUUGGAAGCUGCUUGAAAAAUCCUCCUCAGUUGCUUCAGGCAAUUACUACGUACACUCAGAGGUUGAAGACUGUGAUCAGUAAAGAAAUCGAAAAAAUUGAUGUUAGAGCAGAUGCUGAAACAUUGAGGUUGUCCUGUUGUACAUACUGUCCUCUUUUGGAGGAUCCAUUUAAUUGGUUUCAAGUUAUAGUGCAACCAUUCUUAUCAUAUGUACAUUUCCACUUCAGGUAUAAAUACGAGAAUGAUAGAGUAAUGGAUACUUCUUCUGCCGAUGUUAGCUCACCAUUACAGUAUCAGCUUUAUGGUAACAGAAAGCUUGGAGUUGAUGCAUUUUCAAGGGGAUCUCAAAAUCAACUUCUUGAAAGACAGAAAGCACAUGUGCAGCAAUUUGUUGCAACUGAAGAAUCAUUGAACAAAGCUGCUGAAGCUAGAAACAUGAGCCAACAACUUCUGAAACGUCUUCAUGGAACUGGCGGUGAAGUUUCUUCGCAGUCAAUUGUCAGCAAUGCUACUUCACAAAAUAUGAGCAGCCUGAGGCAACUUGAGCUGGAAGUUUGGGCUAAGGAAAGGGAAGCUGCUGGAUUAAGGGCCAGCCUUAGCACCUUAAUGUCCGAAAUUCAGCGGUUGAACACAUUAUGUGAGGAGAGAAAAGAAGCUGAAGACUCUCUGAAAAAGAAAUGGAAAAAGAUUGAGGAGUUUGAUGCACGAAGAUCUGAGCUUGAAUCUAUUUAUACUGCACUACUCAAAGCUAACACGGAUGCUGCGGCAUUCUGGCGUCAACAGCCUUUGGCUUCUCGUGAAUACGCUUCAAGCACCAUUAUUCCAGCAUGUAAUGUUGUCCUGGACAUCUCCAACAAAGCAAAAGAUCUUAUUGAGAGAGAAGUUUCUGCUUUCUAUAACACUCCCGACAACGGCCUGUACAUGCUUCCAUCUACCCCUCAGGCACUAUUGGAGGCAUUGUCUGCUAGUGGAUCAACAGGACCUGAAGCAGUUGCUGCUGCUGAAAAGAAUGCUGCCAUAUUGACAGCAAGAGCUGGUGCAAGAGAUCCUUCUGCAAUUCCUUCCAUAUGUCGCAUUUCAGCUGCUCUUCAAUAUCCUGCUGGUAGUGUUUCCCUCCCUGAAAAGAUACGCGGUGAAUGUUCCAAUGCAAAAUUUUCUGUCUGCCCUGCACUCUAUCACUGAUUAUCCAUUUUUUAACAAGUUUUCUUCAGAUUCCUCUAUUCGUAAAGGAGAAACUUUUGCAUUUCUAAAAUAUGGUCAAGGUUUUUGUUUGUAUUUUUGGUUAUUCUUAUUAAGAAUUCUUAUUCCUAGACUGAGAGGUCAAAUGUGAGAAUAUAUUUUGAAAGAUCUUGCAUUGAUGUUGAGUGCAUUCUUAAGAGAUUAUAUCAUAUCUCAUUUUCCAAGAGAAUCUGAAAGAUUUUGAGUGCAUUGGAUAAUACCCUUAUGUUGUAGAUGAUAAAGCACAGCGAUAAACAAGUACAAAUAAAACUAGAUUUUCUUAGUUUCCUUGACGCAUACAGACAUCUCUUUUGGUAACUUAUAAUAUGUGUUAUGUUAACUCUCUGAUGAUUGUAUCCAUCACAAAUGUACCACUCGGCUGAUUGUUAAUCAAUGUCCAUAUUUUAUUUUGUGGCUGUGCAAUUAUAGACUUUGAACUAAUUCUCUAUGUAUCAUUAGGUUUGGACAAUUCAGAUGCUAGUUUGGCCUCAGUUUUGGAAUCUAUGGAAUUUUGCUUGAAGCUCCGUGGUUCUGAGGCUUGUGUGCUUGAAGAGUUGGCGAACGCUAUUAAUCUGGUCCACAUACGCAGGGAUCUUGUUGAAAGUGGUCAUGCAUUGUUAAAUCAUGCUCACCGUGUGCAACAAGAAUAUGAAAGGUAUAACCUGUCCUAACACUUCUUGAUUUUUUGGACGUCGUAGCUACGCGAUUUCUAACUUAUUAUAGCGUUAGGAUAUUUGAGUUGUAUAGGAAAGAAAAAAAAUAAUUCUUUGUCACUUAACUGUCUAUUAUUGAUUAAGAGGCAUUCUGGAUUUUAAAUGUCGGGUAGGACUAACCCCGUAAGAAAAUUUACAUUGCUGUUCUUGGCUGUCCUUCUGGGAUAUUAGCUUAGUAUCUUCUAAUUUUUGAUAUCCUAGUAUUAUUCUUUUUGGUGUUAACUUUAUUAAUUAUUGUGGUCAAGUAAUUAGCUUCUGCAUGGCCCUUGCAUGCAUUGCAAGUUCACAAUAUGCUCACCUCAAAGUGUAAUAUAAGUGAAUGUAAUUGUCUUGUGAAGUGUGAGGUUUCUAGUGUUCUCUUUGUCAUGCACGUUAAUUUAUAUUUGCAGGUUUUACGUUUGCUUCUUUUUUGCACUGUUGUUCUGAAUUGUGUGAUAAUAAUGCUGUGUUGAUGGCUUCUGCUGGAAUCUUGUAGGACAACAAACUUCUGUCUAAAUGUGGCUUCUGAACAAGAGAAAGUAAUAAUGGAUAAGUGGUUGCCUGAACUAAGAAAUGCUAUUUUAAAUGCUCAAAAAGGCCUUGAAGAUUGUGGCUAUGUCAGGGGAUUGGUGAGUACCUAUAGCGCUUCCACGUAUCUUUUGUUUUUUUCUUUAGUUUUCAUUAUACUUGCAGCUGGAUUACCAUUCCUCCACCCACGUCAUUCUUCCUUUAGAUCGUAUUCAAAAGCACUACAUAAUUGCUUGCCAUUAUUAUUCAGCUCUUUGUCUGAUGUAGAUAUUCUCACCAUAAUCUUGUCUUCCCCUUGACAUUUUUUCUUUUUUACUUCAUUAAGUGGUGGUUUUAUUGCUCAUUUCUGCAGCUUGAUGAAUGGUGGGAACAACCAGCUUCAGCUGUGGUUGACUGGGUCACGGUUGAUGGCCAAAAUGUUGCUGUUUGGCAUAAUCAUGUGAAGCAGCUUUUAGCAUUUUACGAGAAGGUUUAUGAAUAAAUCUGUGAUGGAUAUCUCACCACAUGGUCAUCCUCGGAAAAUUCCCUUUAGUCUUUGGUUCACUCUUGCCUUUUUCAUCCAACUCGCGUAAGGUUCAAGGCGCACCAGCCUGAAGUUGCUCAAGAGUCAUUGAAGAAUUGUAACAUCUAAUCAUCCCCAGAAUGUGUCGACAACAGUAAUGCUUAAUUGUAUUACAUUUGUUUGCUAUAGAAAGAAACACUUGAGGAUUUUGUGAGGUUUCAAUCCAUUUGUAAUUGCAGUGCUCUGUAUAGAUUAUUCUUUAUUCUCUAAGUUCUUUGUAUACUAGGAAUUCAGGACAGGCAGUUAGUCUGCAUUUCCUCCCUUGCCUACUUUGGUGUUAUCUACAAUUCGCCGCUAUUUCACAAAAUAUGCACCAGCAUUUCAGUUCCA